AUGUUUUAUUCUACCAAAUUAUAUUAUAUUUUCUUAAUUUAUUUUUCAUUAUACAUUAAAAUAUAUAAAUCAAAUUGGAUUCAAUCAUCAUUGAAUAAAUUUAUCUAUCUUCCUGAGGUUUAUGAUUUUGAUAUAUCAGAAAAAUUUAAUAUAAAUGAAGCUAGAAAUUAUUGUAGUAAUUUAGGUGGAAAAUUAAUAAGUUUUACAGAUAGUGAUUUAAAUAUAGAUUUUAAAAAUUAUUAUUUAACAACAUUUAUAACUUCUGCUAUUUAUCAAAAAGGAAUUUGGAAAUGGGAUGAUCAAAGAAUUGUAUCAUCUCAUUAUAAUAUAACAACAAACAUUGGAAGAUGUUUAUCAUUUUUACCAAAAAAUAAAAUAUUUACAUCAGUUGAUUGUAAUGACAUAAAAAACGCAUUACCAUUAUGUGAAAAAAAUAUUGCCAUAACAUGUCAACUGGAGAAUGGUCAAUAUUUUGGUAAUAUAUCAAUAACUAAAAAUAAUAUUACAUGCCUCAAGUGGAAUGAUAAUAGUUUAUUAGUUCAUGGAAUUUUAUUUGAUGAACAAUUGUAUUGGGAUCAUAAUUAUUGUAGAAAUCCCAUAGGAUAUACAAAAAAGAAUGCUUGGUGUUUAGUGGAAGAAAAUAAAUAUGAAGAGUGUCAAAUUCCCUAUUGUAACUUAACAUUACCUUUAGUAAACAAUAAAAUAGGAUUUGAUAUAAAUAGUAAUUUAAAUGACGUCAUUUGUGGAGAAGGUUCACUUCCAUGUAAUUUUUUUGAUAAUUUUUAUAAUUAUUCUAAUAAUAUUCAAUGUAUACCAAAAGAAUUUUGGUGUGAUUAUCAAAAAGAUUGUGACAAUGGAAUGGAUGAAUAUAAUUGUGAAAAUUGGUUAAAUUCUUUUGUUAAAAUUGGUAGUUAUAAAAUAAUAAGAAAUAUUUCUUAUAUAUGGAGUAAUAUUUUUCAUGAACAAUCUUGUGCAAAAAAAUGUUUAGAAUCUUAUGAAAGAAAUUGUAAUUCAUUUUCAUUUAAUUAUGAGGAUAAUACAUGUAUUUUAAGUAAUUUAAAUGGAAAUGACUUUAAUGAAAAAAAAUGGAAUAAGUGUGAUGGUAUAAAAUGUCAAUUAAAUGGUAAAUGUAUAGAUGUAAAUAAUAUUUGUAAUCAAAAUAAUGACUGUUAUGAUAAUGAAGAUGAAAAUUUUUGUUAUGAUUCAUUUAAAAUAAAUUUUAUACCAAAUAUAGUUACAAAAAAUUUUGAAGAAGGUAUUUUAACAGUAUAUCUUGGUUCAUUAAAUAUACCAUUAUGUCUUAGUAAUAUUCCAACAACAAUUAGAGAAAAAAUUUGCCCUAACUUUGUUAUAAGACCAUAUAUAGGUGAUAAAGAAAAAAAAUUAAAAUUAGGAAGUAUAUGUUACAAAGGAGAAUGUUAUUUAGAUAAAAAUCUUAAUUGUAUAGAAAAAAAUAAUUUAAUUCGUUGUAAUGAUAUAUGUGGUCGUCUUCCAAAUAUAUCAUCAGCAAUUAGAUUACGUUGCCCACGAAUAAUUGGUGGAUGCUCUGCUAAACCAAAUGAAUCUCCAUGGACAGCAGCAAUAAGAUUAAAAAAUCCGGACUCACAUCAUUGUGGUAGUGUUAUAAUUUCUGAAUAUUAUUUACUUACUGCUGCACAUUGUGUUAGUGAUAUUGAAAAAAACUUAUUAUAUAUAAGAGUAGGAGAUUAUGACAAUAAAGUAAUUGAAAGUCAAGAAAUGUCAGUUGAAAUUGAAAAUAUUACAAUUCAUCCAUCAUAUCAAAAUAUUUUUAAAAAUGACAUUGCUAUUAUAAAAUUAUCAGAAAAAUUAAAUUUUACAGAUUCAGUUAAACCAAUAUGUUUACCUCCAAUUAAUUAUAAAUUUGAAAAAGGCCAUCAAUGUGUUAUUAGUGGUUUUGGUCAAAUGGAUGAUUCUAAUAAUGAUAAUGAAAAAUAUUCACAGUUUUUUCAAAUUGCAACUAUACCAAUAUUAAAUUUAAAUAAUUGUAAAAUGAAUAGUUAUAAUAUUCAUUUAGAUAAUAAUACAAUAUGUGCGGGAUAUGAAUCAGGAAAUAUUGAUGCAUGUCAUGGUGAUAGUGGUGGGCCAUUAGUAUGCAUGUAUGAAGGUAUCUAUUAUCUUGCUGGUAUUGUAAGCUGGGGUGAGGGAUGUGGUAAAAAAAAUAGUCCAGGGAUAUACACAUCUGUCAGUAGUUAUAUUUUAUGGAUUGAAAAUAUUACAAAAACAUUAUUUUAA